GUAACCCGGACACGUUUCGAUGAACACCAGAACUGAUUGUAUUACAUUACACAAAUGUUCAAACGCGUUGAAGAACGAGAAAAAUCGACUCGAAACGACUGUGUAUCAUUUUUUAGCUUUUGAUGAGUGAUAAAAGGCAGCGAGCGAGGGUCCAGGGCUCCUGGGCCAAACCUCUUCACAAACCACAACAGCCAACUGUUUCAGCUCAAGAUGUCCAGUCAGGGUCAUGGAAAUACGGACCGCGAUCAUUUGAGUUCAAUCAGCCUGACCCCAUCAGAGAGAUUCCUGCAGAGAAAGUGAUCGAAAAUGCCGGUGACUAUGAGAUUAGUCAGGGGCCUACUGGUGUGUCCCGACUGCGGCUCAUACCGGGGUUCCUACAGCAGGAGGAGGCAGACUGGAUGUUUAGUAAGCUGCUCGCUGAACUGCCCUGGUCACAAAAGACCAAUUAUAGAAUGAUGGGUGAUGGAUAUGAGGAACCCAGACUCACUUGUUGGUAUGGAGAACUGCCAUAUACAUAUUCACGCUCCACUAUGGAGGCCAAUGCUCAGUGGCCUCCAGUUCUUAGCACUCUGCGUCUGGCUGUUGAGCAGAAGAGCGGCCACACGUUUAACUCAUUGCUGUGUAACCUGUACCGGGACGGUAAAGACAGUAUUGGCUGGCACAGUGACAACGAGCCUUCAUUAGGACCCCAGCCCACCAUCGCCUCUCUGAGUCUGGGCGACACUAGAGUGUUCAGUCUCCGAAAGCAGCCACUUCCUGAGGACAACGGAGACUACAGCUAUGUGGAGCGCAUACGCAUCCCGCUGGCCCACGGGACCCUCCUGCUCAUGGAAGGCUGUACACAGGAGGACUGGCAGCACCAGGUCGCAAAGGAGUACCAUGACCGCGGGGCUCGGAUAAAUCUCACUUUCCGCACCAUAUACCCAGAGCCAGAGAGUCCUAGUUGGAGAUCUGUGAGGUGAUCGCUGGGAGAAGAGACAGCAGGGUUGAAGAGGUCUGUCUCAUUCACGGACUAUACUGUUAAACACAUCCUUUCUGUUCAAUUUAAUUAUUUAUUUAGGUUCACUUUCAGUCAAAGACCUGAACAAUGAUAAACUUGACUGGCAUUAUUGUAUUUUUGUUUACAUAAAUGAUCGUUUUCUCACAGCAGUUGUCCACAAAAUAGCUUUUGUUCCAAGAAAGAAUUACAAGUUUUACUUGUUUAUGACGUUUGGAGAAUGUCAAAUAAAUGGUGCCAAGGUGCCCAUAUUUCAGUUACAGCCCCCAAAGGCUCUUUUUAUAGGUAAAUUGCUGUUUAAAUAUUGCAUGUUCUGCAAUGUUUCAUUUAUAGCUUAUGGUGAAUAAAACUGAAUUACAAACA